GCGGCGACGGCGACGGGCGGGCAGGUUGGCGGCUGCAUAUUUGAAGGAAAGUAUCAGUUUGUAUUCGCUCAGUGUGUUUGCUCCAGCGGCCGCGGCGGAAGCCCGAGCUCAGCCUGCUCGGCCAGGGCAGCGCAGGCCCAGCGGCGCGCAACUCAGCCGGGGUCGCCGCUGCCCCAGCCCCGCCCCGGCCCCGGCCCCGGGCCCCGGAGCUGCUCUGUUGCCCGGGGCCGCCUCCCCCUGCCUUGCCCCCGCUUCGCCUCGCCUGCCUCGCCUGCCACCGCCUGCCUCGCCUCGCCUUCCCGGGGCAGGCAUCUCCGGACAGCGGACAGCGCAGCAGAGGCGCCGCGCAGAGGCGCAGGCGCAGGGCUGCGAGGCGAGGCCCGAGCAGGAGGUUCGGAGCCCGGCCCCCGGCCCGGUCUGUUCCCCGGCUUCUCCCCCGGUCCGAGGUGCCCGCGCUGCGCUGCGCUCCGCUCUGCUCCGCUGGGCGCGGAGUCGUUCAAUGGAAAUAUGGCGGUGUCGGCUCCGACCUGCGGCGCCCUCCUCGCUCGCCCGGGCUCUGUGCAGCGGCGGUAGCGGCGGCGGCGGCCACCCUCCACCUCCACCUCACCUCUGCUGCUGCUGCUCGUCCUCCCCCGCGCCCGGCGCCCGCGGCUACAGCUUCCCCCAGCAGCACACAAUGCAGUACUGGUCUCGAAGGCUGGAGCAAGAGAUUGAUGGAGUGAUGAGGAUCUUCGGUGGUGUCAAGCAGCUCAGAGAGAUCUACAAGGACAACAGAAACUUGUUUGAGAUCGAGGAGAACGUCCCCCAGAAACUUGUGGAGAAAGUGGCAGGAGAUAUCGAGAGCCUACUGGCCAAGAAGGUCCGGGCUCUGAAGAGACUGGCUGAUGCUGCAGAGAGAUUCCAGAAGGCCCAUCGUUGGCAGGACAACAUCAGGGAAGAAGAUAUCCAGUACUAUGACUCCAAAGCAGAUGCUGAACUGGAGGACCCUGAGGGUGAGGAGUUUGAGAGGGAAAAGCCCAGUACCCUACAGCUGGACUUCGUUGAGGACCCAAACUUUAAAAACAAGGUCAACUACUCAUAUACGGCUGUCCAGAUCCCUACGGAUAUCUACAAAGGCUCCACGGUGAUCCUGAAUGAGCUCAACUGGACAGAAGCCCUAGAGGAUGUGUUUGUAGAGAACCGCAAGGAAGACCCAUCGCUGCUGUGGCAGGUUUUUGGCAGUGCCACAGGGGUCACCCGAUAUUACCCAGCUACCCCUUGGAGAGCACCCAAAAAGAUUGACCUGUAUGAUGUUCGCCGGAGACCCUGGUACAUCCAAGGAGCUUCCUCUCCCAAGGACAUGGUCAUCAUCGUUGAUGUAAGUGGCAGUGUGAGUGGCCUGACACUGAGACUGAUGAAGACCUCCGUUUGCGAGAUGCUGGACACCCUAUCCGAUGAUGACUACGUCAAUGUGGCCUCGUUCAAUGAGAAGGCCCAGCCUGUGUCCUGCUUCAACCACCUGGUUCAGGCCAAUGUUCGGAACAAAAAGGUUUUCAAGGAAGCUGUGCAGAACAUGGUGGCAAAAGGGACCACAGGUUACAAGGCUGGCUUUGAAUAUGCCUUUGACCAGCUCCAGAAUUCCAACAUCACCCGAGCUAACUGCAACAAAAUGAUCAUGAUGUUCACCGAUGGAGGGGAGGACCGAGUGCAGGAUGUGUUUGAGAAGUACAACUGGCCCAACAGGACGGUUCGGGUAUUCACCUUUUCUGUAGGACAACACAACUAUGAUGUCACUCCCCUGCAAUGGAUGGCCUGUGCCAAUAAAGGUUACUAUUUUGAGAUCCCCUCCAUUGGGGCUAUCCGAAUCAACACACAGGAGUACCUGGAUGUUCUGGGCAGACCAAUGGUCCUCGCAGGCAAUGAGGCCAAGCAGGUGCAAUGGACCAACGUGUAUGAGGAUGCCCUGGGCCUGGGGCUAGUAGUGACUGGAACCCUCCCUGUAUUCAACCUGACCCAGGAUGGCAGUGGGGAGAGGAAGAACCAGCUAAUCCUGGGUGUGAUGGGCAUCGAUGUGGCUCUGAAUGAUAUCAAGAAGCUGACGCCGAAUUACACACUUGGUGCAAAUGGUUACGUUUUCUCCAUUGACCUCAAUGGCUAUGUCCUCCUCCACCCCAACCUGAAGCCUCAGAUCACCAAUUUCCGGGAGCCGGUGACCUUAGAUUUCCUAGAUGCUGAACUAGAAGAUGAAAACAAGGAGGAGAUCCGAAAGAGCAUGAUUGAUGGGAAAAGGGGGCACAAACAAAUCAAGACUCUCAUCAAAUCCCUGGAUGAGAGGUACAUUGAUGAAGUAAUUCGAAACUAUACCUGGGUCCCAAUCAAAAGUACCAACUACAGCCUUGGGCUGGUCUUGCCCCCUUAUAGCACGUUCUACCUACAAGCCAACCUCAGUGACCAGAUCCUGCAGGUCAAGUUGUCAAUCAGCAAACUGAAGGAUUUUGAGUUCCUGCUCCCAAACAGCUUUGAAUCUGAAGGACAUGUUUUCAUUGCUCCCAGAGAGUACUGCAAGGACCUGAACGCCUCGGACAACAACACGGAAUUUCUCAAGAACUUUAUUGAGCUCAUGGAGAAGGUGACUCCAGACUCCAAGCAGUGUAACAACUUCCUCCUGCACAACCUGAUUCUGGACACCGGCAUCACCCAGCAACUGGUGGAGAAGGUGUGGAAGGACCAAGACCUCAACACGUACAGCCUCCUUGCUGUGUUUGCUGCUACUGAUGGGGGCAUCACCCGGGUUUUCCCCAACAAGGCAGCUGAGGACUGGGAUGAGAACCCUGAGCCCUUUAAUGCCAGUUUCUACCGGCGCAGCCUGGACAACCAGGGCUACAUCUUCAAGCCUCCAUAUCAUGACUCUCUCCUUAGACCACUGGAGCUGGAGAACAACACCGUGGGCAUCCUGGUGAGCACAGCUGUGGAACUCACCCUUGGGGGAAGGACGCUAAAACCUGCGGUGGUGGGAGUGAAGUUGGACCUGGAAGCCUGGGCUGAGAAGUUCAAGGUGUUAGCCAGUAACCGAACAGACCGAGACCAGCCCCAGAAGUGUGGCCCCAACAGCCACUGUGAGAUGGACUGUGAUGUGAACAAUGAGGAUCUGCUCUGCGUCCUCAUUGAUGAUGGUGGAUUCUUAGUACUCUCCAACCAGUAUAAUCAAUGGGACCAGGUGGGCAAGUUCUUCAGCGAGGUGGACGCCAAUCUCAUGCUUGCACUUUACAAUAUCUCCUUCUUCACUCGCAAAGAGUCCUUUGACUACCAGGCUGUGUGCACCCCCCGGGCCCAGAGCAACACAGGCGCUGCCCCCCGAGGGGUCUUCGUACCUACCAUCGCUGACUUCCUCAACCUGGCCUGGUGGACUUCAGCAGCAGCCUGGUCCUUGCUCCAGCAGCUCCUCUAUGGACUCACCUACCAUAGCUGGUUCCAAGCAGAAGAUGCAGCAGCUGAAGGCUCGGAGACCAGGGAGACCAGCUGCAUCAUGAAACAGACCCAGUAUUAUUUCAGCACCGCCAAUGCCUCCUACAACAGCAUCAUAGACUGCGGCAACUGCUCCAGACUGUUCCAUGCCCAGAGACUGGCCAACACCAACCUGCUCUUUGUUGUGGCAGAGAAGCCCCUGUGCAGCCAGUGUGAAUCAGGCAAACUGCUGCAAGCAGAGAGGCGAUCGGAUGGGCCGGAGCAGUGUGAGCUGGUACAGAAGCCACGAUAUAGGAAAGGACCUCACAUCUGCUUUGACUACAAUGCAACGGAAGAUACCUCAGACUGUGGCCGAGGAGCCUCCUUCAGAGCAUCCCUGGGCGUCCUGGUGUCCGUGCAGCUGCUGCUCCUCCUGGGCCUGUCACCUCUGCCCCUACCCUGGCCUCACAAUGCCCCUUCCCACCACCUCUGAAGCCCCCCCAGCCCCAGCCCUUUCACCUUAGCCACCCUUCCCUUCUUGCUGUGCCCACCCCCCCACAGCCUGUGGGAAAGUGGCUACUCUGGACUGUGGAUCCUGGGAGGUGUGCUCGGUAGGCCCCAACAGGCUCCAAGAUCCCAAUGCCAUGUCUUACUGUUUUGCUGUCAAAAGAUCACCCCAGCCCAACACCUGCCACCCCACUACCACCCUUACUCCAGGCACUGUGUGCUGCUGCCAAAGGCACCUGGUGCCCUGGGCCUAGCCUGGGCUGGCCUGGGCUGGCCUAAACUGGGCUGGCCUGGGCUGGGCUGGGCUGGGCUGGGCUGGGCUGGGCUGGCCUAAACUGAGCUGGCCUGGCCUAAGCUGGCCUGGGCUGGGCUGGCCUGGGCUGGACUGGGCUGGCCUAGGCUGGGCUGGGAGGAGCACCAACCCUCACAGAUGCUCCUCUCUCUUCCCAUCCCCUAGAGUUCACUCACACUCACUGAUUCUAAGGAAGGAUGGGACCAAGGUUCCUAUGGCCUCAGCUCCCCAGCCUUCUCUUACCUCUGAGGAUCUAGACACCCCAGAGAAUGACUAGGGAACAGGGACUAGGAGCUUCAACUCUGGGGGGAAGCAGGGUUGGGGGGGUAAAGGAUUGAGAAAGAUAUUUGACACAGGGCAGUCACUGUGUGAGUUUAGCCCUCAGUCUCCCCAUAUACACACACAUGUCUUGUCCUCAUUCCUGGACCUCACUGCAUAGGCCAUCGGAGAGACAGGAAGGGGCCCUGCCCAGGACACUGGUUUAGAUCUAGGCAAAGCACCAACAAGGGUGGAUGCUGAGAUCUACCAAGGGACCUGCCAGCCCCCAACCCUUAAGUCCAAGCCAGGCAGCUUCCCUGAUUGGAGCAUUGGCUUCCAAAGAUAACCCUGACUACUGGACCUAGAGCCUGGCUAGAGUGAGAACACACACACACACACACACACACACACACACACGUCAGAGUUGGAAGAGACCUCAGAGCUCAGUUGGUAUCUGUCCAAUUGGUAUCUGACAGCGACACAUGGACACACAUAACACACAAAGACAGAUAGAAAUAGAAACAGGUAUGUACACACAUGCAUACAGAGACAUGUUACAGACUCACAGCAUUGUAGAAUUUAAAGGGACACACACACACACACACACACAAACACACAUCUGUCAGGAGGGUGAUAAUCACAAAGCCUUAGUAAUGGGGGGUGGGGGCUGCACCCCGGAGGCUUCGUCCGGUUUCAUCCAUCUGGGGCUGAGCUCUUGCCCGUUCUGUCUGUCCCAGCUCAUCAUCCCAAUCUCCUCCCACCCCUGCCCCCGCCCCAGGAGAUGCACUCAGCUCCACUUACUUCACUUUCUUCCUUGCCCUGCAGCACCCAGUUCAGGUCCUGACCCGGAGUCCUUGGUGCCUCCCCGUUCUCUUCUCCCCCUCCCCCUCAGGCUCCAAAGCGGAACGUCAAAUUGUGCCAAAUGCUAGGUCAGGCAGUGAGUGGCUCUAAGGCCAAGCCCUUCAUUCCCUGCCCCCACCUGCCGGAAGCUUCACCCUAGAUUAUUUGCCAGUGACCGGUGGACAAUAUCUCCCCUGCCCUGAGCAAGUGUUCACACAUAAACACACCCCAGCCCUACGCAGACUUUCAGACACCCCCCCAAACCUCAGCCUGGGUGUCCCAGCCACACCUGGGCAAGGGAGUAAGGACGCUACUACCCACACAGCGUUCAUCUUCUGCCUAGCUGCUGUGCUGUGCCACCUGUGCCCUCAAGAGCACCCUCUGAGCAGUGCCACCCCAUCCCUCCCUCCCUCUCCCUCAAGCAGUCCCCACCCUUAGGUUCCAUAUCCCCCUUCUUACUCUAGCCCUGCAUUCCUAGCCGAGACUUCAGCAGAGGAAGACACUGAAGAGACAACCCCCUGAUCCCCCAACCCUAUACCCCAGGUCACACCCCCUCCACCUGGUACCUGUGUCCAUUUCCCCCAACCCCAUCACAUGACCCAGUGAUCUACACUGAGGCCAAAAUACCCAGUCCCCGGAGCUGGACAUCAUGCCCUCCCCACCCUAUCUCCUACACCGGGAGACACAGGGCCUGGGGCAGGUUGCUGAAGGAUUCAGCGCAUUCCAAUCCCAUUCCCCAAAUCCUCCGGUGUGGGGAAGGGCAGGUCACUAAAGAGCAAGGGGGGGAGGGGGGAAAAGGGUUUCCUCUAAAAUGUGGAAAGGAGGGGGGAAGGGGUGAUUCAUUAAUUAAUGCUUCAUUAAUUAAUGGUCCUGUUGCUUGUUGCUUUCUUAGUGUGUGUUGGUCCAUGCUGGCACUCACUCGCUUGUCAGCCGUGUCUUGGGAGUGUGUGUAAUUCUGUAGUUUAGUCAGGUGCUCACUGGAGAAUUUAAAAAAAAAGAAAAAAAGAAAAAAAAACAAGGAAACCAAGGCGUAUACAGAAAUAUAAAUAAAUAUAUAUAUGAUAUAUAUAUUUUAAGUUUAAAAACAGAAAAACUAAACAAAAGCCACCAGGUAGUUGUCCAAUCAGCAACUGGGUCUGACUCAGCUCAUCUCCCAUCUGGCUCGGGGCCUCCUUUUGCCCCCUUCUCCCUCUCCCAACCAGGCCAAGGGAGAGGGUGGGGAGGAGAAGGUGCCAGGGGCCUUUUCCUUUUUUCUGCGUUGGUUUGGUUUUUUGUUUUUUUUUGUACAGACAAGUCGGAUACAAAAGCGACAAAAAAGAUGAGAAACUUUGUAAAAUAUUGUGUGUGUGAUUCCUUGUAAAAUAUUUUCAAACGGUUUAUUACAAAAAAUCAGUUAUUAAAUAAUGUUCAUAUUUUCA